AUGGUGCAGGACAUCACCGAUAACAAUUCUGUCUCUGGCGAAGAACCGCUGCCUAUUUUAAGCCCCCUACCUCAGAAUGGGGAAUCUUCCAACGAUUCUGAACAGCAUGCUGGUUUUGGCAAAGAAGCACUUUCUCUUAGCUCGGUGACAUCGACUUCUUCGGUUCCUGCUGACGACAAAGAAAGUCAAAUAUUGACUGAAAGACGCCAGGAAAUCGAAGAUCUUCUCAAAACCUCAUACGGAGCAGAGGGGGAUCUCUGGUACAUCAUUUCACAUGUCUUUCUCAAGACUUUCCUAUACCUACAAGUGGAUUCAUGGUCGCAACUUGCUAAUGAGCUUGGACCAUUGGAUAUGAAUCUGAUUGUGGAUCCUAUGGGUAACCUAUACCCUGAAAAGGACGAGCCUGUGCCCACAUACAACGUGCCCCCACAAGUUUUUAUAAAGCUUACUGAGUGGUUUGAAGUAAAAGGAGACCCGGUUGUACGCACACUUGUGAAAAAUCCAGAAACUGGUUCGAUCGAAGUAGAGAGGCAUCCCACGUUGUUUGCGUUGCACCAGCUCGUGAAAAACACACCACAGCGCCAUGGUCGGUACCAGAGCUCUCAUCACAACUACAACCACCAUCCAACAUCUUUCUUUCUUUCAAGAAUAAGAACCAUAGGUGAGUUGCUCGAAACUGUUCGGUCUCAGAUUAAGCUUGAGAAGAAGUUUAGAGUCUGGGUAAUUGCUCCACUUAAUGAUGUCGGAGAGACCAUUUCUCCUAGUAUCACUAUUCCAUACUUUGUUCGUUCUAUUCCUCGAAAGUCGUUGAUUCUUCCUGGACUAUUCGAGGCGACGCUUUCGAGUCAAGGUUUGGCCAACCAGAAAUUCCAUCUUUUGGUCGAAACUGCUGAGAAACCCAACCGUAACUCGCUGUUAUCCUUUCCCUUGGAUACCUACCUACUGUCCAUCAAGUUGGAGGCACAAAGACUCGAUGCUGUCACUGGCAGAAGUACAACUGGUGGCUCGGGAGGAACCGUGGGCUUCUCCAACUUAGGCAAUACUUGCUACAUGAACUCAGCGCUUCAAUGCUUGCUUCACGUACCCGAAGUCAACAACUAUUUCUUCUUGGAUAUCCACAACAAAGAGCUCAACACCACCAAUGCCUUGGGAUUCAAAGGUGAAGUUGCCAUGGCCUUUGCCUCACUUUUGCACAAAGCGUUCGACCCAACAUCUCUGGUCUCUAGCGUCUCUCCCAGAGAUUUCAAGUACACCAUCGGUCAUUAUUCCUCGAUGUUUCUGGGCUACCAGCAACAAGAUUCUCAGGAAUUUCUAAGCUGGCUACUUGAUGCGCUUCACGAAGACUUGAACCGUAUCCUUAAUAAACCCUACAGCGAAAAGCCAGAACUCAGUGAUGAUGAUAUAGGCAACCAACGGGCCAUCAUGGAACUAGCAGAAAAGUGCUGGAUGCAACAUAAGCAACGAAAUGAUUCUGUUAUCGUGGACUUGUUCACUGGGCUCUAUCAAUCUACAUUGGUGUGCCCCGAUUGUGGAAAGACCUCAAUAACCUUUGAUCCCUUCAGUGAUUUGACCCUUCCUUUGCCUAUAGAAAAGAAAUGGUUUCAUACAAUUACGGUUGUGGAUAUGUCAGAUAAGCUGAGCCUGAACAAAAUCAAAACCUUGGAAAUAUCGCUACCAAAAUCCUCCACAUUUGAUUCGCUCGUUCUGUACUUGUCAGAAUUCUUCCAUUUGCCUCGCCAUUACUUCUUUGUCUUUGAACUAUACAACGACGCAAUCAUAAAAAACUUCCAGGAAGAAUACCAGCAGCUCAAAUUCUUCCCUAUUAAUGAACUCUUGGCUGAAGAUGACGACCACUACGUUUACAUUAUACCUCAUGAUCCGUCCCGUGAUAUUAUCGUGCCGGUAUUUAGUACGUUGGAGGACUCAGACCCUUCAUAUAAAAUGGUGCAUGCUUUCGGGAUACCGCUAUUUCUUGUUUUGGAUGAGAACGAGAGAUUGGAUUAUGCUGUUGUUCAAAGCAAGAUCGAGGAGUUGACUCGCUAUUUAGAAGUUGACAGUUUCGAGAGCUCGCCAGAAGACGACAAAAUGGAUGAGGAUUCGACCAAAGAAUCGAGACCCUUCUAUUCGGUGAAAUAUAUUGAUGAGAUCAAAAUGAGACACACCUUUAGAAUGAGACCUCGUCCCGACACUGAUAGUAGCUUACAGGCACCAGUCACUCGUCUCAACUUUAACCGUCUUCCAGAUUUACUUGAACGAGCCUCUGCGGACGAACAAAAGUUCUACAUUAAAUCGCAGUCUGAUUCUCCAAUUGAAAAAGAGGCCGAUUCUCCUAUUGAAAACGAAAAAGACGAGGAAACCACUGAAGCAUCCGACUAUGUUCUCGUCGAAAAUUCCAAGUCACCAGCUAGUAAAUCUCCCGUCAAGUUGCUGGACGAUGAAACCGAUGGAGAUGGGUUUGUCAAUCUUGGGCUGUUAUUUGACUCCACCACCACAUUGCCCACACCGUGCGAGGUUAGUGAGUCAGAAACAGGCUCGCUAGGAGAUAUUGCAAAUAGCUCUCAGCCAAGUCCUUCAGAGGACAUGUUGGUUACCAAGCAUAUGGUGUUGGUGUGUCAAUGGAGAAAUGCUGCCUACGCUCAAGUUUUCGACAAAGACGAAGCCAAGGCGUGGAAGAACAAACUAUCCAUUCGAAAUGAAGCUGUGGAAGCAAGUAGACUCAAGGCAGAGAAGCAAAGAAGAACCACCGUGCUGUUGGUGGACUGCUUGCAAAGUUUCAGCACCCCGGAGGUUCUUGGUGAGUUUGACUUGUGGUACUGUCCUCGCUGCAAGGAUCAUAAGAGAGCUACCAAGACGAUUCAAAUUUGGUCUACAGGAGACAUUUUGACCAUUCAUCUCAAGCGAUUUCAGAGUGCUCGCUCGUUCAGUGACAAGAUUGAUUUGACUGUGGAUUUCCCCAUUGAGGGUCUUGACAUGUCUAACUUUGUAGCUGGUGGAGACGAGUCGUUGAUAUACGACUUAAUUGCGGUUGAUAACCACUACGGUGGGCUUGGAGGGGGCCAUUAUACUGCGUCGGUGAAAAAUUUCAGAGAUGGAAAAUGGUACUAUUUCAAUGAUAGCCAUGUUUCUCCCAUUGAAGAUCCCACGCAAUGUAUAACUGGUGCGGCCUACUUGUUGUUUUAUCGCAAGCGAAGUAGUGCACCUUUGGGUGGGCCGAAAUUGGAGAGUUUGUUCAGCGAAGGGUCGCAGGAAUAUAAUCGUACUUUUACGCAGUUUGAGCUGACGGUUGUGGAUCUUCAGCAACAAGUUGAAAAAUACGACGAGGAGGAAGCACAGACUGGCAAAGAGGACGAGGAAGUCCCCAGUUCGAAUAAAAAAUCGAGAUCACCAGCGGCAGAAAACGACCCAUAUUUUAAAGGCGACGACGACAGUCUUUUUAACAAGCGGAAACAACGUCUCAUUUCCAAGGAUCCCGAGCUGGAACGAGAGGACUCGGAGCUGGAGAGCAGCUGA